AUGGGUACGAAUGGAAACGGACGGCGUGGAGGCGCUAAAUUACACAUGGAAGAAGGAGAUUGCAAUAAUGAUAUGGAGAGUCCCGAAUUGGACUUUGUGUACGAUGACUGCGAUACACAAGCGAAUGAAAUUGCUGAAUUGUACAGCUACACAGAACAUCCGGAAUUUCAACUCAAUGUUAAAGCUUUCGAAGAAAUUAUGGAAGAAUUCAACUUUCCGCCGAGUUGGCAAAGGCUUACAGAAUCUCAGAGACGUACUAUAAUUAUGAAGCUAUUGGAGUAUUUAGAUUUAGCUGUAAAUGACAUACGUAUGCGAGCUGCCAGAUGUAUCCUGUAUCUAGCACAAGGCUGCUGGGCUGAAAUGCAAUCUGAUGCAGAACAAGCACAUUGGGCGCGUCUCAACAUCUUUAAUUUAUAUGAAAUGGGUGUGUUUUCCGCUUUUGUUGAAUUGUUAAAUCUUGAAAUUGUUCGCAGCAGUACAUCUACGGUUGCUUCUAGAAAAUUAGCAGAAUCUCUGGCGGACUCCACACACUUGAGGGUAAUUUUGUCUGUUCUUUAUCUUAUUACUGAACACAUGAGAACAGAGAGUUACAAUGAAAAUUCUGAAUAUCAACAUUUAGUGCAACUAUUUAAAGAAGAAUUAGGCACACCUUAUGGAGAAGAAUUACUACCAGUUCAACUUUUAAAUAUGGUCACCCACAUCUGUGCAGGUACUGCAUCACAUUUUCCAAUGAAAAAGGUUUUGCUGCUCCUGUGGAAGAUUCUAUUAGUAUACUUGGGAGGUAUAAAGGAGUUAAAAGAUAGAAAAAUGAAAUUGCGAGAAAAAUAUGGGCUAGCUCCUAUAGCAGAAGACACUUUAGAAGUUGUUAAAGGUAUGCGGGCUAGCUCUCCACCACCCAGUGCAGUUGAUAUGAUAGAAAAUCAAAAUCCUAGCCAGAGGAAAAUUAAAGAUGUCGAUAGAGCUAUGAGAAGACAAACUUUUAUGAAACAAACAUCUUUGGAUGAAUCAGAUGAACAAAUAUAUGUUGAUAAAGAAGAGACAAGUAAUGGUUCUGAAGACUAUUCUAUGGAAUUUCAAUCUAUGCCCAAUGAGGGACCACAGAACUCAAACCAAAAUUGUCCAUAUUACAUGUAUUACAAGCAAUUUGAUAGUCCUCCACCCCCCCCACCUCCUAAGAGUUUGCCAUGGCAGUCUAAAGUACGCCAAAAGGACAUUGACAACUUCUUAGACAAUGUAAGGAUAAAAUUUAUUGGAUAUUCAUUACCCGGUGAUAGGCAAACUAUUGCAGGACUCCCAAAUCCUAUACAUGAAGGACUGGACAUUUUAAAGAAGCAUAUCUAUACAAGUAUUUCAGAAAUUCAAGUAGAAAGAGAAAUGGAAAUUUCACGGAGUCCUUUAACUAAAGGUGAAAAGGAAAUAGAGGAAACUGAAACUGAGGUUUUGUACAGAGAAAUGGUGCCAAAUUUACCCCAAUACAUGAUUGCCCUGCUAAAAAUAUUGUUAGCAGCAGCCCCCACAUCUAUAGCUAAAACUUAUCCUAUGAAUAUCAUGGCUGAUCUUUUGCCAGAAGAAAUGCCAAUGACUGUGCUUCAAUCGCUGAAACUUGGUAUAGAUGUAAAUAGACAUAAAGAAAUAAUUGUCAAAGCUGUGACUGCAACUCUCUUAUUACUUCUUAAGCAUUUCAAAUUGAAUCAUGUGUAUCAGUUUGAAUAUAUGUCACAGCAUUUAGUUUUUGCCAAUUGCAUGCCCUUGGUUCUCAAGUUCUUUAACCAAAACAUUCUGGCAUAUGUAGGGGCAAAAAAUACUAUACCUAUAUUUGAUUUUCCCGCCUGUGUUAUUGGUGAGCAACCUGAACUAACUAAAGAAUGCCUGGACAUAGGGGACACAUCAGUUCCUUACUCCUGGAGGAAUGUGUUUUCUUGCAUAAACUUGCUGAGGAUUUUGAAUAAACUUACCAAGUGGAAAAAUGCAAGGAUAAUGAUGUUAGUUGUAUUUAAAAGUGCUCCCAUUCUGAAACGCACUCUUAAAGUAAGACAUGCUCUAAUGCAGUUUUAUGUUUUGAAACUUUUAAAGAUGCAAACUAAACAUUUAGGAAGGCAAUGGAGGAAGACGAAUAUGAAAACUAUAAGCGCUAUAUAUUCCAAAGUACGACAUAGAUUGAAUGAUGAUUGGGCGUACGGAAACGAUGUUGAUGCGAGACCGUGGGAUUUUCAAGAUGAAGAAUGUGCUCUCCGUGCCUGUGUUGAGAGUUUUCAUAGGCGGCGUUAUGGCAUAGGACCCAUAACUGGUGGCAGAGAUCAUGAGAAUGAUUGGUCACCAGUCGACACAAACAUCAAUAGUGUCCUCGAUACUAAUAUUGAACUGGAUGAAGAGUUUAAAGAAAAUUACGAAAUAUGGUUGGAGAGAGAAGUUUAUAACAAUGAAUCAUUUGAGAGCAGGUUCUACACAAAUGGAGCCAAGACGAUAUAA